CUUAACCUCUUCUGAGUAGCAGCUGUGUUUUCUUGUUUAGGCCGAGGGAUUAUGAUCAUUUGUGGUGACACGGACCGAUGAGGGUGGAAAACCCAUGGAAGCUAGGUCACUGAGGGGAGGAGGGAGGGAGAGACGGAGACCGAGCAGGAGCACAGACAUUCAUGCACAAAGCCUCUAAAUAAGUCCGGGUUUAUACAAGUCGAGUAUAAUCUGAGCCCUAAUCUGACAUUUUUUACUUGCUGGGUAUCGCAGGUGAACUCUUCAGUUGAGGUUACUUUAUUUUGGCUUAACCUUCAGCUUUGGGAAAAUAUUUUGGGAAUGGUGAGGUGAGACGUGAUAGUGGAAUGUGUGUGUGUGUAUAUGUAGGUUCUGAUAACCUGGUACGCUAUGGCACUCUGGAGAGUCUCGUGAACGACGUGGCUGAUGACACGUGGGACAACAGAGCCACGAAGAGAAUGAGCACCAUCCGAUUCCUCGAUGACGACGAUGAACAGGGGACGCUGUUGCGACGGGCCACGCCGCACCCCGGAGAGCUGAGGAGCAUGAAGAAGGUGGUGGAGAAUCUCCGCAACGGUCUGAACGCUGCCAAAGGCCUGGACUCCAACAAAAACGAGGUCAAUAACACUGUGGACCGAGUGACUACAUCUGUGUGACCGCUUUGUUUUCCUCCAAGAUGACCCAGUCCCCAUCGUGUCUUCCCACAAUGCACCUCAUCCAGCCUUCUCCCUGUGCUUUUUCUCCCUUGAAUGUGACUCUCCUCUCUCUGUGCUGGGUCUGUUCUGUUCUCUCCUUCAUCUCCUCAGAUCCUGAAUCAGGGAAAGACCACCAUGAUAGGUGCCUUCUUUUUUCUUUUUCUUGUUUAUCUUCAGAGUAAUAAUCCAUGGACUGCACAAUUUCUUUUUUCUUUUUAAAUUUUACAAUCCAGCCCCUUUUUUUUUUUUUUUUUAAAGCUUUUUGAUUUUUUCCAAACACAUACCAAGUUAAAAUAAGUAGGUGCACUACAUUAAGUCUUAUACUAAUGCUGACAGAAGCUCCAGUUAUAUAUUUACAUUCUAUUUUUAAUUUUUUGUUUUUUAAACACUGGGUGGAUGUUUCUUUUUUCUUUCUUUCUCAUGAACAUGAACUAUAGCGCGGGACUGGGGGCGGAGAAACCAGCGUGAACUAAACUAACGAACCUAAACAUGAAACAUGACAUGAACUAUGACUAUGAAUUGAACCAUGAAACUAUGAACUGUGACUUUGGUUCUCUAUCGUAAGGACACUCAACUAAUCUACUACAACUCAAUAUUCCGCGCUGUGUGCUGGGAGGCGCGCGGUAUAUAUACAAACAUAAUCAGCCUCGUAAUGGCUGAGGGCGAUUCAGACACACAUGAAACAACAACCAAUGACAGAACGGGGAGGAGACAUAACAGAAACAUAACAAAUGCACGUGUCGAAAUGUCACGAUUGUCAACAAGGGAAAAGCAGGUGCUCGUGCACCUGCUCGUGCACGCGCGCUCACAUGCUCCACAGCGCGCUGCUUAAAGGGGAACUCAUGACAGAACUUGGUCGGCCGUGUCGGUAGACUCGGGCUUGAGCAGAACUUGGUCGGCCAUAUCAGUAGACUCGGGCGUGAGCAGAACUUGGUCGGCCGUGUCAGUAGACUUGGGCUUGAGCAGGGCUUGGUUGUCCGGGUUAACAGACACUUGGGACAGUAACUGGGCUUUGCAGUGGAUCUGUGGAGCUGAGACCCACUCCUGAACCUCCGGCUGGGGCUCUGAUGCUGGGGCCUCCCUGUUGACCCGCUCGGCAGGUGAGCCCACCUCGUGUGUCUCAGGUUCGAGCUCUGAGGUCGCCAGGUUAACCUCAGGCUGGAGCUCCGGAGCUGAGACCUCCCCAUAGGUCUCGUGCUGGAGCUCUGAGGCUGCCAUGUGGACCUCUGGCUGGAGCUCGGCGGGUGAGACCUCCUCGUGGGUCUCAGGUUCGAGCUCUGAGGUCGCCAGGUUCACCUCUGGCUGGGGCUCGGGUGCUGAGACCUCCGACGGGAGCUCCGAGGUCACCCUGUUGACCCUGGGCUGGAUCUCUGCAGGAGCUCUCCGGUGGAGUUUCUUAUGCUCCCACCAGCUGCUCUUGAAGCAUUCAUGAGAGCAGUAGAAUGCUUCCUGGAGACACAGUUUUUUGCAGGUAGGGCAUUGUAGCUUGGUCUCCCUCCUGCAGCCCUCAGACAUGCAUGUCGGUGCCACCUCCACCACGUUGGCUGGAACCUGAAGCAGAUCGGUGGAGGCUGACCUGUCAAUCCUCUCAUAAUAGAGGUUAAAGGGCAGGUCAGGCUGGGGCUGUCCAUUGACUCUCCACCCCAGUAAAUCCAGACCAUGAAGCUGCCCUGGCUGCGUGAACUCCUCCAUAAAAAGUUCUGCAAAUUGAGUGACAUCCUGGAGGGCAGAGGACUCAGUGCUCACCAGCUGCUCCGCCCAGUCACGGGCCGGACCGCAAAACCUGGAC